CAUCGCCGAUGGGGGUACACUCGUAGAACGUCCGGCGGGGAUGCAACAACGCUGAAAGGUACCUCCUGACUUCAUCCUCUCUCACUCUGGUCAGUUGUGACCCAAGGACGAUGUUCAAGGAUUUGCUCUGUUUGAUCGUUGCCGCCAUGUCCUGGCGUGACGUCACGUGUAGCUAUGCAAAUAACACACUGACGCUGGACUUAACGCACGUGUGUGCCAACAGACUGUACCGGGUCGACCACUCCAGUAAUUUCACCGUGGAGGGUAACACGUCAUCCCGCUCCCCCCAGAACGCGUGGUGGGAGUUACAGGGGGGACGGUGUGAGGUGUCAUUCGAGACCUCGGAGGACCAGGGCUUAUGUAUCAAUAUGUAUGAGAUCGAACUGUUGCCUCAUAUCACCAUAGACUUCAAAACUACAGCCUACCGACCAGACAAGCGCUACAGGCGAGGGGAGUCGACGGGGGAGUGGUGCACACACAAGAACCUCCUGACGAUGGAGAUUACGAUAAGGGGGAAGGAAAGAAAACAUCCAGGCUUUCAGUUCGGGUUCGACGUCCGGAACAAGACGCUGGACCACAUCGAGAGAGUGUACAACAUGGGCUCCGCCACCGACUGCAACAUGGGCUACACUCUGCGACAGACUGAAACAGCCAUUGUGAAAUCAGUACAGGUAUUUGACCAGCCGCCAUUGGAGUGUGAAAUGACCUUCACCUCACAGUCGACAGAGGAAUAUGGCCAGGUGUGUGUGAGUGUGAAGAAAUUCAAACCCCGGUAUGGAUGCCGCAUGGAGCUGAAACUCAGUCAGUUGGACCAGGAUCACUGGCCGGCCGAGGUGAUGUACGACUGUAAGACGAAGAAGGAGUCCACACAGGAGGUGUGUUCCAGGAAUAAGGUCCUCGUCAUCAAGCUGAAGAGAGGAAACGUCUCUCAGAGUGCGGCCAACUUUGAACUCAAAGUUGCCAGCAAGUUGAUGCCACUGUGGGAAUCUGUGGAGAGCAUGAAGACGGAGCUGAGUGUCAUGACAGCGGCCAAGUCCCUCACUGUCGUCAUCGCCACCUUCGACACCGUCGUCGCCCUCAUGGCAGCUUUCAUCAGCGUCGCAACCAGGUACCCCUACGGCAGACUCAAGGUCUUCGGCGACGUGUUUGGGAAGGACCCUAUACCAUCUCACUAUGGCAACGAGUAUCCUGUUGCCAUAGCAGUGACAACCGGCGAAUCAGAACCGCCGCCAUUUUGAAUGGUGGCGCAGUUUGUUCGUUGACCGUGACGUCAUCCCACGUAGUGAUUUUCUCGUCAUCACCUCAGAACAGUUAGAUGACGCUAAACAGCGCCACCCCGUGGCAGAUAGUGAUAGUGUCGGACAUCCUCAGGACGGGCGGACAUCAGGCGCGGACACCUAUCUGUCUACCCGCGGGUCAAGGCUGUUGUUCGUAUGUCCGUGUGUCCGCGGACGUGAAUGGCCACCAUUCUGUACAUAGUGUGUAGUGUUUGAAUGGCGGGUGCGACCAGUACGACAGGACAUGCUGACCCCUUUCGCGAACACCUGGUGUCAUCACUGAUUUUUAGUUGUCCAUUCCACAGCUAUUUGCCCUAUACGCCAAGUGGAAUCUGUUUUGGCAAAACAUCUAGUGAGGUUAUUCUCCGGCAUUGGCAAAUUAUACUGUUAAGAAUCUGGGAAUCGUUUAUAUACAUACAGUGUAGAUGCAUGCAUGUGUUAUAGAGAUUGAACGUGAACAUAUCAGUUGUAUGUAGAGAAUCUAGGAUAAAUACUACAUAGUCA